AUCCAAAUUUCCAGCUAACAUUUACAUAUGUAUAUAUUGCAUUUUUGGCGCGUCUCCCUUCGCUCGACUCACCUUGUUAAAGAAGCAGCGGCACCGCCUAGACCGCAGUCUAACGAGCAGGCACCUCAUCUGUUACCAGAGUCCUAGCCUAGCCAAUGACGCAUGCGCAGACUUCUUCGAGGUCUUAUUGGCCCGUGCGCCGCCUCGCGCAGCCUGAUCCUCUUUGUUGAGGUGAAGGCCACUGCCCGCCUAAUCUCCACCACCUUGAUCGUGUAGACUCUCGCGCCAUGGAGUACAGACCCAAGAGACAGAGGCCUGACGUGCAAGCAUCGGAUGCGGAAGAAAGACGCGAAAAGCGACUGCUCACGCCGGAACAUCGAUCUCCACACGACAGAAGCGGGGCACCCAGCGAGGCACUCCGCAGGUCGAACGAGCCUGGUGUUCGACUGGCGUUUUACGGACAGGGGAUUCAGAACUCGGGCAGCUUCCAAGUUGGAGGCAACCUAAAUAUCGGAGUGCAGGACAAUUCCAAUAAAGAUGCGGAGUUCUUUGCCGCCCUACGAUCCACCGACCCCAGCGACGACAGGACGCGCAUCCAACGGGAAAAGGGCGGCCUGCUGGAAGACUCAUAUAGCUGGAUCCUCGACCACGCGGACUUCCGGCGAUGGCGCGACAACGAAGAAAGUCGGCUACUCUGGAUCAAGGGAGAUCCCGGCAAGGGCAAGACAAUGCUGCUCUGCGGGAUCAUCCAAGAGCUGGAGAAACUACCUGUGGAUAUGCGCCGCUUGUCCUACUUCUUCUGUCAGGCGACCGACGUGCGCCUUAGUAACGCGACGUCCGUGCUCCGCGGCCUCCUCUAUCUCCUCCUCGAUCAGGAGCCGUCGCUGAUGUCGCACGUACGGAAGAAGUAUAAUCACGCAGGCAAACAGCUAUUCGAGGACGCGAAUCAGUGGGAUGCUCUGUCCAAGAUUCUGAUCAACAUCUUGCAGGACUACAGCCGACAGAGCACCUUCUUGAUCAUUGACGCGCUUGACGAGUGCGUGACAAAUCGCGACCAGCUUCUCGACUUGCUCGUCCACAUAUCUUCUUUAUCUCGAGCUAAGCUGAUCGUGUCUAGUCGUAACUGGCAAAGUAUUGAGGAGGCCCUAAACGCAUCUACGCAGAAGCUUCGGCUCUGUCUCGAGUUGAACCAUGAGUUGAUCUCUGCCGCUGUUGGCCGAUAUAUUGAAUACAAGGUAGGUCAGCUAGUUCGGUCGAAGAAAUAUGACGACAAAACACGGGUUACUGUUCAGCAACACUUAGCCUCUAACGCAAAUGGCACGUUCCUAUGGGUAGCCUUGGUUUGUCAAGAGCUCGCAGAUCGUAACGUCCGAAAACGGCAUACGCUCGCCAAGCUACAGUCAUUCCCACCAGGACUCGAUUCUCUCUACCAGAGAAUGAUGAAACACAUCCAUGAUUCUGACGAUGCGGACCUUUGCAAGCAGAUCCUAGCUGUUGCUUCAGUCGUAUACCGCCCUGUCUCCUUGAAGGAGCUGACGUCUCUUGUUGUGUCACUCGAGGACAUCGGUGACGACCUCGACACCUUGGAAGAAAUCAUCGGAUCCUGCGGCUCUCUCCUGACUAUCCGGGAGGGAGUCGUUUACUUUGUACAUCAAUCGGCGAAGGACUUCGUGCUCAACAAGGCAUCCGAUCAAAUCCUGCCUUCCGGCAUCGCGCAUCAGCACCGCAGCGUCUUCACUAGGUCGCUGGAGGCUCUGUCAGGGACGCUCCGACGCGACAUUUACAACCUACGCGUCCCAGGAUUCUCCAUUGAUCAGGUCUCGCCGCCCGACCCUGACCCAUUGUCUUCAACCCGAUAUUCUUGUAUCUACUGGGCUGACCAUCUCAAUGACUCGGAUCCCGCACAGAGGAUGAGAGACCUACAGGACGGCAAUAUUGCUCAUGCCUUCCUCAAAAAGAAGUUUCUAUAUUGGCUGGAGGCUCUCAGUCUGUUGCGCAGUAUGUCGGAGGGAGUGCUGGCAAUGGAGAAGCUCGCGGCGUUAGUAGGAAACGUAGAGGCACAACAAGUGACAGAACUACUUCAAGACGCGCGCCGAUUUAUCCUUUCCCACAAACGGCCGAUAGAGAUUGCUCCGUUGCAGGUUUACGCAUCAGCACUCGUUUUCAGUCCCACCCGCAGCUUAGUCAGACAGGUCUUCCUGGAGGAAGAGCCGGAUUGGAUCAUAUCGAAGCCGAUUAUGGAGGCAGAUUGGAAUGCUUGCAUCCAGACGCUCAAAGGCCACGAUGCCUGGGUAAACUCAGUCGUCUUCUCCGCAGAUGGCCAGCGGCUCGCAUCAGGGUCAAAGGAUAAGACUAUCAGGAUCUGGGAUGCCAGUUCGGGCGCAUGCUUACAGACGCUCAAAGGCCACGAUGGCUGGGUAAACUCAGUCGUCUUCUCCGCAGAUGGCCAGCGGCUCGCAUCAGGGUCAGAGGAUAAGACUAUCAGGGUCUGGGAUGCCAGUUCGGGCGCAUGCUUACAGACGCUCAAAGGCCACGAUGACUUUGUAAACUCAGUCGUCUUCUCCGCAGAUGGCCAGCGGCUCGCAUCAGGGUCAGAGGAUAAGACUAUCAGGGUCUGGGAUGCCAGUUCGGGCGCAUGCUUACAGACGCUCAAAGGCCACGAUGACUUUGUAAACUCAGUCGUCUUCUCCGCAGAUGGCCAGCGGCUCGCCUCAAGCUCAUGUGAUGAUACUAUUAAGACCUGGGAUGCCAGUUCGGGUACAUGCUUACAGACGCUCAAAGGCCACGAUGGCUUAGUAACCUCAGUCGUCUUUUCAGCAGAUAGCCAGCGGCUCGCAUCAAGCUCAUGUGGUGAUACUAUUAAGAUCUGGGAUGCCAGUUUGGGCGCAUGCUUACAGACAUGCACAAGCCACGAUGGCUGGGUAAACUCAGUCGUCUUCUCCGCAGAUGGCCAGCGGCUCGCAAGCUCCUGUGGUGAUACUAUUAAGAUCUGGGAUGCCAGUUCUGUCAGAUAUAAAAACCACUCAUGCAUUGCUCUAAGUGGGGAUCCUCAUUUUUGUGGCAUGUGGUGUAGUUGGUAAAAAUCUAACAAUUAAGAGUCUCAGUGCCUCUCGGGCGGGUCACCUCUUGACGUUCUGGGUUCGAUUCCCAGCACCCGCACCCUUAAGUAAAUUCUCAAUAGGUUCGAGUCCUAGCUUAUUGGGCAGCUGGAGUGACC